ACAUACUACCAACGCAUUUAUAAUGAAAAUAUAUCAAAUAAAUAUUGACUUGUAGGAACCGGGGUAAUCUGAUAAUCGAAGUCAGAGGUACAGGUUCAGUACAACGUUAGCGGUUCGUUAAAACGGUCCACGGGUCCACAGUACAAUGUUCAUUUCAACUUCCAAGUUAAAUUAUUAGUAAAAGAAAUGACUAGUGGGAUAUUUGACUUGCAAACGUUUGCAUUCACAUACAAAUAAUAAGAAAAAAGAGCCAGUAAUCAAUGCCAUCAAAAAUAACUUGUUGCUGUUAAUCAACAUAUACUUACAGGACAAACAGUGCACAUGACUUGACCUAUAUCCAGUGACCUCCAGUGACCUAUAUUCAUCUGUUGUCCUCCUCGUUCCAAAAAUAGUAAAUCUCGAGUGAUAAUUCGAGAUUUCAGGAUUUUAGGUGAAGGUCAUUAUAGUAUUUUGAAUUUCAUCGCGGGUUACGAUCAUUUAAUAUGGUUAAAUAGAACUAAGAAGGAUCCACAGCAAUGUCCACCAGGCCAUCAUCUGGGAAGCAAACAAAUAAGUCCAAAGACAAGAGAUCCACAGCUGAGCACAGGCACAGUGAAGAUCAUGAACAAAGAAACCUCGAUGAUGCAGUGGCCUACUUCACAAAUGAGGACUCUAGCACCAAGGUACGUAACAACCUGCCACUGUCCCUGUCACUGGAGACUAUAGAGGACCAGGCUAAGGACAAUGGGCUGGGGACAGAGCAUAUAGAGGCACUAGUGGAUGUGGCAGCCUCCUCUAGGUUCCCUGACAGUGUCAACAUACGGCUGAUCAAGAGCCUGAUUCCUAAUGACAAGGUGACAGCAGAGUCCUUCCUCACAGCAGUCUCUUGGAUGUGUACCAAUAAACCUUCAUCUAAUGUACAGGUAUGCCUUCUUCUCAUCUUACGGUUAUAUCCAUGUUAUCUACGCAUGCCACAACUUUUGUGUGUCCCAUAUCUUAUUUCACAAACAUUUAAUAACAGAUCAGUGUCAGUUAUUUAACAACCCCUGUCUCUGCUCCACCUCAAAUCCACCCACACCAACCUUAGGGAUCUGUAUUUUAUACCUUGGUCUUGGUAACCAAAUGUGAUAAGCAUGGCUGGGAUACAGGCAUGAUGUGGUACCUAAGACUCAAGACUUAGUACUAAGUACUUAAGAAAGGGAACUGUAAAAUGUGAUUUGUUUUCAUCCUGCCCUGAAUUUCAGAGUUUCCUAAAAUUAAUUUCUCACUCAACUAGUUCCUUGAAAUGACGGAAAAACACACUGAAGUCAGAAGCACAUUUCUAGUAUAAUCUGUUGAAGUGGGGGUGUUUUAUGAUAAAGUAUUUCAGAUUAAUCCAGAAAUGAAAAUAUUAAGUUGGUAUUUUUACACCACUAGAACUCUCCAUAUAGAGCUGUGUCUUUAUCACUUGCAUUUUCAAGUUUUAAUAAAAGUCCACUUUCAUCACUGUAAGUGGCAUUGU